UCACGACCGUCAUCCUUUCAACGGUUUUCUUCGGCCAUAUUUCGUUCGAAUUUUGAAUUUUUUAAAGCGGGUAAAGCGAUCUGGUAGCGGAAGGCAUCCCUUGGCUUGGAAAAGCAAUUCUUCGACUUCUGGAGGGGCUCUGGGUUGAAUAAUUGAUGCGAGAACGGGCAGGAAACUUGGAAUAUUGCGAGGGGAGCGGUUCGUUUUAUUCAACUGCAACGUGAUUGCUGAAUCAGCGCGCGAGUUUUGUUUUUUUGUGCGAAGAAAAAUUUUCCUGGCUUGUCAAGUUUGCCGGAACACGCAUUGAUUUGGGCCACAGCUCCACACAGAUAACCAAGGAAUGGAUUUACGCGAUUUGUAAUGUCAGUGGAAGGGAUAGCGAGAUUUGCCAUGCGCCGCUGCUAAGAUGCUUUUUAUAACAUGAUGGACAAGUCAGGAGCUGGGAGUGGCAGUAUUGGACAAGAUGCAUGGAUGAUAUCACACUAUGUCGACAAGAUGGAGGAAAUAUGAAGGUGCAGCACCAGUCCCCUCCACACUCCCCAUCAUGAACUGUGUGAUACAAAAUAGUGGGUCAGACGAACAGGCUGAUGAAGUAGACUAUGUUGGAGCACAGAAUUUUUAUAGCAGAAUUCCUACUAAGUUUCGUGACCCUUGUGGUGCCCCGCUUCGCAAGCUGAGUGUAGAUUUGAUCAAGACUUAUAAGCACAUUAAUGAGGUUUACUACGCCAAUAAGAAAAGACCCAAGCCCGAAGAACCAGACCCUGUCCGGCCGAAGAAACGACCGCCUCAGUACAACGAUGGAUAUGAUGAUGAGAAUUAUGAUUACAUCGUAAAAGCAGGAGAAAAGUGGUUUGACCGAUAUGAGAUUGAAUCCCUCAUUGGAAAGGGCUCGUUUGGCCAGGUUUGUAAAGCCUACGACCACCAGGAGAAAGAACAUAUAGCAGUCAAAAUUAUCAAAAACAAGAAACCUUUCCUUAACCAAGCUCAGAUAGAAGUCAAGCUAUUAGAACUUAUGAACAAAAAUGACCCUGACGGCAAAUACUACAUAGUGCGGCUAAAAAGACACUUUAUGUGGCGAAACCAUCUCUGCCUAGUCUUCGAGCUCCUUUCUUACAACUUAUAUGAUCUGUUACGGAAUACAAACUUUCGCGGGGUUUCCUUGAAUCUCACUCGCAAAUUCGCUCAGCAAAUGUGCACAGCGCUGCUGUUCUUGUGUUCGCCCGAGCUGAGCAUUAUUCACUGUGAUUUGAAACCGGAGAACAUUUUGUUAUGCAAUCCUAAACGCAGCGCUAUCAAAAUUGUGGACUUUGGGAGUUCUUGUCAAAUUGGCCAAAGGAUUUACCAGUACAUCCAGAGUAGGUUUUACAGAUCGCCGGAAGUCUUACUUGGUAUCCCAUAUAACCUGGCUAUAGACAUGUGGAGUCUGGGGUGUAUACUGGUGGAGAUGCACACGGGAGAACCUCUGUUCAGUGGGGCUAACGAGUUCGACCAGAUGAUGAAGAUAGUUGAAGUUCUAGGGAUGCCACCAAAAGAUAUUUUGGACAACGCACCUAAGGCCAGAAAAUUCUUUGACCGGUUACCGGACGGAUCGUACCAAUGUCUCAAGGUCAAGGAUGGAGUGAAGGUCAAGGAGUAUCUCUCACCUGGGAGCCGUAAGCUUCACGACAUUCUAGGCUGCGAGACUGGCGGCCCGGGCGGGCGAAGGCUAGGCGAGGCCGGCCACACGCUACAAGACUACCUCAAAUUCAAAGACCUAAUACUGCGCAUGCUUGACUACGAUCGCAAGACGCGCAUUGUGCCAUACGCUGCUCUCCAUCACUGCUUUUUUAAAAAGACCGCAGAGGAAGGCACCAACACCACACAUUCAGCGACGAAUUCCCCCGCAAUGGGGAGCACAACGAACUCUACCACUAGCACAACCAAUAGCACGGUUUCUAAUACUCGCGCAUGCUCAGAUCCUACAGCCCACGUGACGUCAUCAGCCAUGGAAUGCGACAGCCCUGGGAACAAGACGCAAUGGGGGAACUCUGCUAGCAGCUACAAACGCAGUGUGGAACGGACUCCUUCUAAUGAAUCGGACUCUCGCGUUGCCGCACAGGCUAUUCACAUCAACGCGCCUCACACGUGUAGUGAAGGCUCUUCGUCUUAUAGCUCUGCGUCAACUUCUUUGCACAGUAGCGAGGCUAGUCGCGGGCAAGGCCGCGGCUUCGCGCACGCGCCUGGGGUCUAUUACAGCUCCGAGACUAUGUCGAAUUACUCGUCUUCAAGCUCGUGUAACUCAAUGAACAUGGAUCAGCCUGCUAACGCCGUAAACGCGGCUGACGUGGCUACUAAUGCGAAUUAUGCAGGGCCGAUCUUGAGCGCUGCGGCACCCCCGGACGCAAAUUACACGGGCAAUAAUAGUUAUGAGUAUUAUAAUGCUGGCUCGAAUCCGCAGCACCCGCGCUCAAUAGGCGCUACUACGCACCGACGGGACAUCGUACAACAACACUCUACCGGGGAAGACUCGCCCAUGGUUGGAGUAUGCGUACAGCAAAACCCAGUCGUCAGCAACUAACCGCACAUUGGCGUACGGUCACCACUAGAAUACACCCACUGCAUAUUCACCUUUUGGACGCUAGUUACCACAGUAUAUUAACCACCCUUUUAACGCUAUUAUUUCACACAUUGAGGGCUUAAAAAAAACCUAAGUUAUUAGGAUUCAAAAGAAGUGUAAAAAGGAUUCAAAAGAUGGGUGCAGUUUGUAUUGUGUUGGUUACCGUGCGCCAUAACAUGUUGGUUGGGAGUGAUUAUUUUUGCGCCAUGUGGGGAGCUGCCCCACAGGUGUCUUUAUUCGGAGCGGGAGAAAGCGAUCCCGGGAGGCAUUGCGCCAAAGGACGGCGUUAUAUUGUGUCACGAGAAGAUUGCGUUACGCGAAGAUUUGUGUUACACGGGAUGGUAUACAAUUGACACGCUUUAACGACGGCGUUUCGUGACUUGGUCAUGAAGUCAAGAUGUGGAUGUUGUCCAUCGAAACAUCACGAUUGCGUUGCGUGAUCCAUUUUGUCAUGCUGUUGUGUUUUGCUACAAAGUGUGACGUCACAAGACGCAAUGUUAGACAGUAUCCCGUAUCUAUGGUGUAACACAUGAAGUGUCCGUGACUCUGCCACUUGAUCUAAAUGUCUGCUACUGUCAAGUCCCUCUUGUCAGUGGAAAUCGAGCAGUGCGACGUGCUUAGGAUCCUAGUACCAAAUAUGGUAUCCAGUGCCAAAUAUGGUAUCUAGUGCGCCUUUCCGCUUCCUUGACUCAAUAGAGAAGAGAUAUAGAAGGAGGCGUACAAGGGAGAUUCGAGUUGUUUUCAACAUUGAAUUUGGUUAGUAUGGUUUAGCUAGUUAUUGCAGCAGCGCCUUCUCUUUACUGUUAGCUUCAAUGCAGCCAUUAAUUAGCUGAAGUCACUGAGAGAAAGUGUACAAUAUAUCCCUUCUUUUCUUGACAAGUCACGUAGAGUGUUAGUCACCUAUACCACCCUUCAUCUUGUUUACUCUCCUUCAAUUAAGUAUUUUGUGGCAAGCGUCUGUCACCCUGUUUUACAUCAUUAUUAUUUUUAUUUUAUUAUUAUUUUGUUCGGAAGCGUUUAUAUUUUUAUGUAUUUCCAAAUAUUGCAUUACUUUUUAUUGUCAAAAUUCCACGGCGAAGGCGAAAAAUAUAAAAGGGAUCUACUAGAUUACACUUUCUUCCACUGACUUGCUCUCUUUAACUUCGCAUUGCGCUACGCUAAAAGGGAAUGCAAAGAUUAGAGAGAAAGUACCAGAGAAUUACAGGAGGCAGUUGUAAAAUUGAAAGAUUUGUCUCGAAUAUUUAUUCGCUAUGCAUUUGUCCGAAAGAAAAAAUCUGGGGAAAAGGAGUGCUUUUUGUUCGGUAUUUUAUUUAUCGUUUGCUUUCCCUUGCUUGCAAUGUUUCUCCUUAAACACUCCUAGGCUUUAUGCAAUUUAGAAUUUAAUCUUCAAAAACCUGCAUGGAAUAUAUGUAUUAUCUCGUUUUAACUAUUUAGUUAUCCUUUUUUAACUUUCGUUUUUAAUAUUUGCUUUUAUAUUUAGUCUAUAUUGUUCUUUUUAAUCAUCUCUCCCUAAGUAUUUUAUCUUUUGGAUCCACUUUGGUCUGUUUUUAUUUCGAUUUGAUAAUCCUGUUGACUUUGUCUUUUUUUUUACGUUUUCCCAAGAACUCAGUUUUCAAAUUUGAACUAAAUAGGUCAACUUACUUAAUGGGGAAGGAACACUGAUUUAGCUUUUAAAUUAGAUUUCUUUAUUUCUUUUUCUUUUCUAAUGGUAAUGUUCAUUCUUAAAGUGUGAACCCGACUUAGUAGAGCAUUUUCACCUUUAGAUGUAACGGCAAAUUUUUAAUAAAUGCGGCUUGAGCGCUCGCCUACGUAUCGACGUCAUUUUCCCAUAAAUUUUAAGGGUUAUUAUUAAAACCGGUAAAUCGGUCUCAUUUUUAAAUGUUAAGGAAAAGCGUAGUAUCUUUCAGUCUCGGCUGUUCGUCGUGACAUUACGUUACGCAGUCGUGACAUUGCGUUACGCAGUAUGAAAUUGCGUUACGCGCGCUCCCGUUGGCAGUCGAGACUCGUUGGACUACUGCGCACAUUAUUUCGGUAGUUACUUUAUGAAAGUAUUUUGCAAUCGACCUUUUUGUAUCUACGUUGAUGUCGAUAGUCUUUAUCAUACAUAAAGUAUCUACCUUUAAUUUUUUAGUCGAUGCUAAUUGCACGGUAAGCAAUAACUCGCCCUUGUCUCUCACGGCGUGUAAGGUUCUGGAGAGACUGGGAUGAGAUAGCUUUUAAAUUUUUACUCGAGGGGAUGGGGUGAAUCCAUGGGUGACCACUUUGUUUUAGUAAGUUCUGAACGCUCGCGUUCCUUGAGACCGUUGUACAUAAGUUUCAGUCACAUUUAGCCUGUUUUGAGUACCAAAGUGUAUGUAGAUUUUGGUAAAUUAAAAAAAAAAAUACUGCA